AUGCGACUGGAAAACAAACAACUUAACCACACGGCCACACCUGAUCUUAAGGAUGAGUUCUUGGAAAGUUUCCAAGUUCCAUUGAGAUCAAUGAAGAAACAAGACGAGGGCCCUAAGAAGAAGACUGGUGAAUUAGACUACAACAAAAAUGGUAACUACUACAGAGAUCUUGUCUCUCUUCUGAGUGACCAAAGUAAGGUGUUUGAGCAACAAAUUGCCAAAUUGAAAUUUCAAGUGAAACCAAAGCCCAAAUCUUCAAAGGAGAAGAACCAACCGUCGAAGGACCAGAAAGCAAAGGAUACUGUCAACCUUGUUCCAGAAAGUGGCCCACUACAAAAAGAAUCGGAUUUGAGUUUGAAAUCUAGUGGCACCAAUGCAAAAUUAUCUCCAUCUACGAAAUGGACAAUGUUGGACGAUGAGGAGGGCACGAAAAGAAGUACCUCAAGUAAGAAGUCUUCGGGCAAGAGAACAAGGGCUGGUUAUGGAAAAAGCAAAAAGAAACUUGAUGACUCAGAAGAGAGUCUGAGUGAUACGACAAGUGAGAGUGAAGAGGAAGAAGAGACAUUGGAAAGGCGGGAAGUGAACACGGACCUCCCGACUGAAUAUUGGCAAAUACAGAAGCUGGUGAAAUACCUGAAGGUCAGUAACCAGACAGCCACGGUCAUAUUUCUCUGCUGCAUGAGAGACUUUAAUCUCUCCCAAGAGACAUGUCAGCUUGCCAUUCGAGACCUGGGAGGACUAGAAAUACUCAUCAACCUUCUGGACACAGAUGAAAUCAAAUGCAAGAUUGGUUCACUGCAAAUACUGAAAGAGAUCUCCGAUAACCCUCAAGUGCGGCGCUCCAUUGCUGACUUGGGAGGUCUCCAAACCAUGGUGAAUAUUCUUCAAGAACACAACAAGGACCUGAAGUGUUUGGCAGCUGAAACCAUUGCCAAUGUCGCCAAAUUCCAAAGGGCCCGGCGCACUGUCCGUAAGCAUGGAGGCAUCAAACAAUUGGUGAAAAUCCUCAACUACCCGGUUUCAGGCCAUGAAAAUGAGAAAGACAUUGAGAUCGCCAGAUGCGGGGCUCUGGCCCUCUGGAGCAUCAGUAAGAGCAAGAAGAACAAAAAAUGUAUGAGACAAGCUGGAGCAAUUCCUCUUCUUGGCAGACUUUUGAAAUCUCAUCAUGAGAACAUGUUAAUACCUGUGGUUGGGACAUUGCAGGAGUGUGCCUCAGAGGUAGAUUUUCUCGGUGUAAUUUGGUUAAUAGGAAUUCCAUGUCGCGCCGUGAAAUAUUACAUAGAAAAAGGAAAAGUUGAUAGUGACUGCAAAAUUGCAUCCAGCAGAAACCUUAAAGAUGCUGGUGAGAUGGUGCGUUCUUUUGUCGGUGGUUUAGAAUUAAUUGUGAAUCUACUCAAGUCAGACAACAUUGAGGUGUUGGCUAGUGUGUGUGCCGCCAUUGCAAACAUUGCCAAAGAUGAGGAGAACCUAGCUGUCAUUACUGACCACAAUGUCGUACAGAUGUUAGCAAAUCUUACAGAUACAACCAACGACCAACUACGCCAGAAUUUGGCUGAGGCAAUUGCACGCUGCUGCAGCUGGGGACACAAUAGAGUGUCUUUUGGUAAUCACAAUGCUGUGGCACCAUUAGUGAAAUACCUACAAUCCAGCCAGGAAGAUGUCCACCGUUCUACUGCCAGAGCUCUUUACCAAUUAUCGAAGAAUGCCAAUAAUUGUAUCAUAAUGUACGAAGCUGGAGUUGUCAAGCCACUUAUGAAGAUGGUCGGAACCACAGAUAUCAGUUUACAGGAAGCUGCUGCUGGUUGUAUCGGUAACAUACGUUGCCUGGCUCGCACAAAUGCAAACUGGUCAAGCUGAGAAACAUUGCAUCAAAAAUGCAGUUCAACAAUUUCAUUUCUUUUUACAUGUUAACUUGAAAAUUAAGCAAAUAAAGCCGAAAGAUUUAACCUUUCUUUAAAACACA